UUACAAAACAUCUGAAAGUUGUGCAAAACGUUCGGCGGGCAUACAAGUUUAGCGUACUAGGUGUAGGUAUUGCGAGGUCGACCGUCGCGACGCCAAAUACUGCCGGUUAACUAAUCAGUCUACUACUUAUUCGGCCACCUGAAAGUCAAGCUUUUUGAGUUAUGGUAGUCGUUAUUUAUAAACGUAAAUUUUAAAAAUGUACGCGCGUUGAGUGAUCGGGAAAAGGGGGUUAAUUAAGUUGAUUUUUAGAAUGUGAGUGCUCGACGUAUUUAUGAUCUUCGAUUUCAUUUUUAAAUAAGUUACGCUCAAAAUAAACGUGCGUUUAAGAUGUAAUUAGAUUCCACGUGCGUUUUUUUUUCGUAAGCGCUCCAACGAAAUGACAGAUUUGCCGUGCGAAUGUUUACACGACCGUCGUCGCCUACGUCCUUUUGACUAUUUGAAAAUUGGGGUGCGUCGAUAAGGAUGACGAACAGAGUGCAAAUGCGCAACGCGGCGAAAACGCGCCACCCCAGUCUGGAGAUGCCCGAUCCGGAGGUGGUCAAAAAGAAGCACCAGGACAUGCUGUCGAGAGCGAAAAGUAAAUUUUUCAACAUCAGCGACGCGUUAAGAACGAACAAGAUGUUAAACGGCGAGUCGGACCAAUCCCAUCGCAAGUCUCGGACGCAAGCAACUCUGGAUUACUUCUUUAAACCCUGUCCGGGUAAAAAUGAGCGUAAUCACAUUCUGGCAAACGCAAGGGUGCAGGAGAGUCCCAAGCGGGGCUCGUGUCUGUACAAGCAGAACUCGGUCGGUUCGUAUCCCAUCAGAGUCGAAAUUUCCGCGGCAGAUGUGCUGGAUAAUUUAAGCUCUAUGAGACCGUCGUCGCUUCCGUCUGACAAAUGUGAUGAAUUACGGGAAACCGCCGCUUUGGCACUCGAACGUCCGCGUAAGAAGUUAUCCUUCCGCGAGCCCGAAAUAUCCGGUUACGCUACCCAGACUCGUAAAACAAGCUUCAAAAAGCCCAAUGGCGUACACGAUUUAAAACGUAGCAUUAGCGCAAGUAACGGCUUACUUCGUUCCGCUAAUAGCUGGGACGAUUUCGAUUUAGAGGUAGACCAUCAAAGAAAGAGUCAGGCGAUGAGGGUGGUUAGGACCGUAGGACAAGCAUUCGAAGUGUGCCAUAAAUUAUCAAUAAACGCCCCCGAGCCCGAACCCCCGGACCAGGACGAACAGGACACCCUUACGCAGGAUUUAGUCAGCGAUCGUGUUAGCGAUAUUGUUAGCGAUAAACCUAAGAAAGAUUAUCUUUCGGAAACAACCAGCGACAGAAAUUCGUUACCGGCCGAAGAACACAUGCUGCUGGACGACUUAAACGGAACCGAGAGUCUCAGGACUGUCAAAACGCAAAUCGAGAAGCAUUCGCCGCCUCCAUCGUCCAAUAGCUCGAAAAAGCAGCAGUUGAUAUCUGGGGAGACGUUUAUAUCCCCCUUAGGUGACGCGUUCCUGACGAGUGGAAGCGGAAGCGGAACCACCUUAUUCUCGUCGGGGAGCGCCUUAACUGCCCAACACGAAAUACAGCUCCUCAAAGAGCAGCUCGAUCAGCAAAAUCAGCAAACGCAAGCUGCCGUUGCCCAGCUGCAGCUGAUUAGAGAACAACUCGCAGCCGAGCAGGGUGCCCGAGUCGAAGCGCAGGCUAGAACACACCAACUCUUGGUACAGAACAAGGAGCUGCUCGAUCACAUCGCCGCGCUCGUUGCGCAUCUACAGGGCGGAGAGAAAACUUCGGCCCAAUCACAUACGGGUCCGCACGUUGCAAUGCCACAGCAUCAGCAGAGCCAGGGGAGCGGGGAUGGUUACGUUCUCGAAUGCCCUGACAGCUCGCAACUGGAGCAAAACUCAGUUUAUCAGCAGUUAGGUAUACAGCCUCAAGGUCUGAUAGAGAAUCGAAUGGUAACGUCGUGCCUACCUUCGUCUCCAUUACGAACAACUUUUAAUCCAUCGGGUCAAGUUUUCAACUUCGCCUACCCACCUCCGCCAGAGCCAUCAUUCGAAACGCAGCUGCUGCAGAGGCUACAAUCCCUCAGCGGUUACACGCCACCGUAUCCCUUCAACUAUCCGACCUUAAUGCAGCAAAACCUCUACAACCCAGCGCUGAUGAACAGCACCUACCAACUGCAACCGCCGCCUCAAAAGAAAUUCUCGCACUCUCCCUUAAUGCAGCCAUACACGCACUCCGGAAGUCCGGUUUUGGAAAGAAGAGUCAGUCCAGCACGCUCGAGCGCCGACUAUCAACUUCAGCAGGACCAAAUGAACCACAACCAAUUGCAAGUCAACCAGAGCGCUCAACGAUUAUCGCCGGGAUCGCAGACGCAGCCUCCCACCUCGCCCACAGUGCAAAGGCGCGAGCCACAGUACAUCAAGCCGCUUUCGCAGCUGGGAACCCUAACGACCACCGACGUACAGGGGAGGGUACGCGUAAUCGUACCGGUUCCUUCCGGUUCGCGAGAGGACGACACCGGAAACCUACUAGCCUCGCUGCGAAUCGGCGACGAGUUUAGGCCGUCGAUCACGCGAUCGACAAGCGAAAAGGUGCCGAACAGAAGUGAACUGAUGUCCCAGGUACAACGGACUGCCUGGGCGCGGCACACAACCAAAUAAAUAUAACUUUUACAAUGUAGAUUUUUAGGUGUGUUUCAUGUUCAUCAAAGUGCAAGACUCGGAUAUGUGACGAAACUGAGUGUACUAGUCAAUUAUAGUGAGACACGGUGAACCAUCAGAAAAUCGUUUAAUUUCUGAUCUGUAAGUAGCUCGUGUGAUUCCAUCACCUACUAAAUGUAUAUAAUGGUGCUUAACUUCUUCUCAUAAUCCCUCCAUUCUGAUAGUUGCGGACCUUCUGAUAUCAAAUGUAGGAGCUUUUCCGUGGUUUAUAAUGGUUGGCACUGUUUUUCCAAAAAUUAUCUCCAGUAUUUACUACUUAUUUAAUUUAGUAUGUAAUUUAUUUACUAUUUAAUCUAAGUUUGUAUAAAUAAUAUGUUAAAAGUAUUAGUUGUUUAUACAUUCGAACUGAUUUAUUUUAAAAGAUGUGAAAAGGGAAAUAAAAAUUGAAAGACUU